UAUCUGUCACCUACCGCGAUCACAUAUAUGCAGCUAUAUAUAUCCACGCAAACCCAACCCCAAGGAUCAGCCACCCAUCGAUCAAUCGAUCUCCUCUGCUCGCUCGAUCGCCCCUUCCAGCAGAAAGCAGCUGCCAUGGCAAGAAUCAGCAGCAGAUCUGGAGUUCUUGCCGUCGCGGCCGUCAUGGCAGCAGCCGUGUUCGGCAUGGCGUCGGCGGCGACCUACAACGUCGGCGAGCCGGGAGGCUCCUGGGACCUGCAGACCAACUACGCCAACUGGGUCUCCUCCAAGAGGUUCCACCCCGGUGACCAGAUCGUGUUCAAGUACUCGCCUCAGGCCCACGACGUGCUGGAGGUGAACAAGGCGGCCUACGACUCCUGCUCCACUUCCAAUCCCAUCGCCACCCACAACUCCGGCAACGACGCCAUCGCCCUCACCUCCCCCGGCACCCGCUACUUCAUCUGCGGCUUCCCUACCCACUGCACCAACGGCAUGAAGCUCAAGAUCGACGUCCUGCCAGGGGCCACAUCGAUAUCCCCCGCCCCGGCCGGUGCUCCCAACGCCAACUCUCCGCCGCCUCCGUCGGCGCCCGCUUCCGCCGCUACCAAGGGCGCCGCCGCCACCGGUUUCGGUCUCGCCGUCAUGCUCGCCGCCGGCCUCAUGGCCUAAUUCAAUUUAAUUCCCUUCCUUUUAUACAUUAUAUUGUGCUACCUACCUGCUACGUACGUUACUACUAGCAGCUAGCUAGACAUGCAUGUACGUAUCAUUUGUGUAUUUUUUUUUUAGAAAGAGAUAUAUGUUGCUGUAUGUAUAGAGAGAGAGACAUGCACACGUACAGUACCUGUCGAUCAGCUAGCAUACAUGCAUGUAGUUUAUUAAUUGUUCUCUAUUCCAACCUUGGAGUUCUGUAUAUUGAUUUCAGAGGUGACAGCUUAUCUUUAUUGCGAUCA